AUGGAUGCUGAACAGCGAUGGGAAAAUGGGAUGCUUUUUGCUAAUCCUGCAACACCCUUGCCACAUGAGAUGAUGGUAGAGAUAUUCCUCCAAAGCGUUAACUCCGACGACCUGGCCGGAUGUACACCUUCCAGGACAUCUCCCCCGUUUACACUUACAUGGGUCUGCCGUUAUUGGAGAAAACUGGCGAUUUCAUUGCAGAACCUCUGGACAAACAUCUCACUAGGCGAUCAAGGUACGGAUCCAGCUGAUGACGUGCGCCUUCUCGACCUAUGGAUACAGAGAGCUGGACCGGCAAGGUUAAUGCGAAUUAGCCUAUGCCACGAAAUGAAGGACUCAGAGCGACCCGUCUUCUUUGAUCCGAAUCGUGGGGAACGGUAUCUUAUUGGAAUGAAAAUGCUCACAGACAAAGUCCUCUCAAUCUCACAUCGCUGGCAUACGCUUGAACUACAUGCUCUAGAUUUGUAUGUGCUGGACCCUAUUCUACGAGCUCUCGUUACCACAGGCGCACCACAACUCGAGACACUUUCUAUAUCAACAAAGUACUUCGACUUUUUCGGGAGUGUUCAUUUCAUGGACUUGUCAAGUUGUCCUUCACUGUGUAACCUGCGCUUACUCUGUCCUAUGCUGUGCCCAACGGCUAAUUCUCAUGUGGCGGCAAAUAUGACAAACCUGGAAAUACGCUUCUGUCCACUUAUGAGGGACUGUCUUACUUGGCUUUCAAUAUGCCCAAAUCUCGAACGGUUAAAUGUUCGUUUCUUCAGAGCAAUCUCCUCAUCACUACCUCGUGAAAGGAGUCCCCUUACCUUGCUCCAACUGACGCAUCUCUCUAUCUCAUGCUUCUCUGAUGAUUCUGACCCAAGUCCACUGCUCGAUUUGUUAAUACUCCCAGCACUUCGCGACCUAUCCCUGGACAUGAAUGGUCUUGUUCAUUCGGAACUCAGUCAAACAUGGAGUGACCAGAUGCACGGCAUAAUCAGACGAUCAAAAGCUCCUCUUGAGCGGCUUACUAUGCUAGGCACACCAAUGACAUCAGAUGUUCUCAUUCGACUGCUCCACACAACACCUCGUCUUACGGAACUCGUACUCAGCGGUUCCGUUAUUUCAGACCAACUGUUAAUAUCUCUGGCGGUUAAUAUGAAGUUACCUACAAAUGAAGAGAUGUUAGGAGGGGGCAUAAACGGAGAUACCUUAACUUUCUCACUUUGUCCCGGUCUGGAAUCACUUGAACUUCGAGAGUUCGAAUGCUCACUAGACGUCCUCGUCUCUUUCAUAUGUGCUCGUUGUCGUGUCCAUGUAGGAGCGCGACGGCUACUCUCAAUUACCGACGAUUCUCCUAGACCAAAAAAUCCAGGACAUCUGAAAAAUCUGACUUUAAUCUGGAGCCCACAUCCAACACUCCUUGAUCAUCCCUCAAUACGAGAAUGUGUGGCGGGAGGCUUGGAAAUUAUUAACAGAUCAUACAACGGUGGGAAGCUAAAGUAA